UGUCUCUGCCCUGACUAUUUACAAUGGGCGGAUUCUCAGUCCAGGCCACCUCCCCAUCACACAGACACACAAGAGAGAGGCAGCUUAGCUGGGACAAGUGACAGGCACACAGGCUGAUCAUCCACCAGUUGCUAAAUCCCUUGUGAAGACAUGGCUGGGAAGGCUCACAGACUCAGCGGGGAAGAACGAGAUCAGCUCUUACCUAACCUCAGGGCAGUUGGAUGGAAUGAGCUGGAUGGGAGAGAUGCGAUUUACAAAGAAUUCCAUUUCAAGGAUUUUAAUCGGGCCUUUGGAUUCAUGACCCGAGUAGCCCUACAGGCUGAAAAAUUAGAUCACCAUCCUGAAUGGUUCAAUGUCUAUAACAAGGUUCAUAUCACUUUGAGCACUCAUGAAUGCGGCGGUUUAUCAGAAAGAGACAUCAAUCUGGCCAGCUAUAUUGAACAGGUUGCCAAUACCUUGUCCUAACAAUAGGCGGCAGCAUUGUUAUGCAGCCAGAUGUCCAAAUAAUUCAACUCCUCUGUGUUUCAUUGGUGAUGUGAAUGAUAGGAAUGGCGAUUAAUUUCCUGAGCCUUCAGCUACAAGCGUCUCCAAUUCAUAUAAGGGAAUCAAGUGGAAGAAGAAAGAAUUCCCCAAUGAAUAUUAUUUCUGCUGACACACUGCCAUAGGCCAGCCUAUCA